AUGGUACAAUUCAAGCUUCUUCCAGAAGAAAUUGAGCGUUGGUUUACAAAAAUUGAUCAUAUCUUUGAACACACUCGGAUUCGACAUGAGGAAGUUCUAACCCCAUUUUACAAAACCAGUAUUGAUAAAAUGCGAUGGCACCACCUUCCUGUUGUCAUUUUAAGGUUCAAUGGAAUUGGUGUUUUGACUGAUAAUGAAGUUUGUGGAGAAACACAAAUACACUUUUCUGUUCAUGCUAUUGAAAUGGGUGAAAAGGUGACUUCUAUAAUUGAGCAUGCCAUAAAUGUUUUUGGCCGCAGAGAUGAUCCAGUUGGCAGCCGGAUGGAGAUAUUGACUUAUUGUUUGAGUGUCUCGGUGUUUAUUGCAAAUAUUGAAAUUUAUGAAGGCUUUUCUGCAAAUUUUGGGGCAUUGGUACCACUUUCCCAUGUCAUGUAUAGGAGUGUUAAAAUAGGCUUAGCUCGAUGGGCCGAUCUGAAAGAUUUGAGAAAUAGGGACAAUAUUGGUGGUAGUUGGCAAGUAGAUGUGGAGAUGUUGGAUGGUCUUUUUUCUAGCCUGGUUGAAUACCUUCAACUUGAAAAUGCAUACAAUAUUUUUAUUUUAAAUCCCAAGCUUGAUGAGAGGAAACCUAAAUAUGGGUAUCGGAGAGGUUUAUCUGAGCCCGAAAUAAACUUGCUAAAGGAGAAUAAGAGUUUGCAAAUGAAGCUUCUUCAAGAAGAAAGCAUUGCUGAAACUAUUCUUGCUCUUACUAAGAUUCAACGACCGUUGUAUGUGAAGCAUCCAAUGAUGAAAUUUUCUUGGACAAGAACCGAGGACGCUGAUAUUAUGGAAUGGUAUAAUUUUUGGCUAGAUGCACUAGAUAAUUUUCGGAGGUUGUAUCAGGGGAAAGACAUAGCUGAGAUCAUUGAGGUCAAAGCUUUACAGUUACUGAAAGGGAAGGAUCAAGAUCUGAAGCUUAGUCUAGAAAAAGCAUUAAAAUCUGGAGACUACAGUGGUUUUCAAGCAGAAUGUCUCACCGACACAUGGAUUGGAAAGGAUAGAUGGGCAUUUAUUGAUUUAAGUGCUGGUCCCUUUUCAUGGGGACCUGCAGUUGGUGGAGAAGGUGUGCGUACGGAAGCAAGUUUGCCGAGUGUGGAAAAAACUAUUGGUUCAGCAUCAGAAAUUUCAGAAGAAGAAGCUGAAAACCGAUUGCAAGAUGCUAUUCAGGAGAAAUUUGCAGUAUUUGGUGAUAAAGAACACCAGGCCAUUGAUAUUCUUUUAGCUGAGAUUGAUAUAUAUGAGCUUUUUGCUUUUAAGCAUUGCAAAGGAAGAAAAGUUAAGCUUGCUCUUUGUGAAGAACUUGAUGAGAGGAUGCGGGAUUUGAGAAGUGAGCUACAGUCAUUUGAAGGUGAAGAAUAUGAUGAAAGUCAUAAGAAAAAGGCCAUAGAAGCUUUGAAACGGAUGGAGAGCUGGAAUCUAUUCAGUGACACAUAUGAGGAAUUCCAAAAUUACACAGUUGCACGGGAUUCUUUUCUUGCACAUCUAGGUGCAACACUGUGGGGAUCUAUGCGACAUAUUGUGUCACCUUCGGUUGCUGAUGGUGCCUUCCAUUAUUAUGAGAAGAUAUCCUUUCAGUUGUUUUUCGUUACACAAGAAAAAGUUAGGCACAAUAAACAGCUUCCUGUGGAUCUGAAUUCUAUAAAGGACGGCCUUUCCUCAUUGACGGUUUCUUCUCAGAAACCAACAUUCAGUCAGCACAUGUUGCCUCUGUCGGAGGAUCCUGCUUUAGCAAUGGCCUUUGCAGUUGCACGACGAGCAGCUGCUGUACCUUUACUGCUUGUCAAUGGAACCUACCGAAAGACUGUCCGAACAUAUCUUGAUUCUUCUAUUCUGCAAUAUCAAUUGCAAAGGCUGAAUAAACAUGGUUCUCUUAAAGGUUAUUCUUAUAUCCUUAACUUCUCACGCCUCCUAAGAUUGUAUAUUGAAACCAAGAAAAGAGCAGCUGAUCCUGCUGCUCCCAGGCAGGGAUUCAGAACUGGUGAAGAUGAUGAUCAUGAAUCACAUGUUCAACCUGUUGGCCCCAUAAAGAUAAUUUUGAGGAUCUUACGUAGGCAUGCACAUUCUAGGUCAGUGCUCGAGGUUCCAGUCUUUUGGUUCAUCUACAGUGAACCACUUUUAAUAGACAAAUAUUUUCAGGCAAAAGCACUGUCUGACAUGAUUAUUGUCGUUCAGUCAGAGCCUUCCUCCUGGGAAAGCCAUCUACAUUGUAAUGGGCAUUCACUUCUACUGGACUUGAGGCAGCCGCUAAAAGCUGCAGUUGCCGCCACUUCUGAGCAUCUUGCUGGUUUGCUUCCCCUUCAUCUUGUCUAUGGUCAUGCUCAUGAGGCCGCAAUUGAGGACUGGUUAUGGUCAGUAGGAUGCAACCCUUUCUCCAUUACAUCACAAGGUUGGCACGUAUCACAGUUCCAGUCUGAUUCAAUUGCUCGGAGUUAUGUCAUCACUACCCUUGAAGAAUCAAUACAACUGGUUAAUUCUGCCAUUCAUCUUCUGCUAAUGGAACGUACCACUGAAAAAACGUUCAGGAUCUUCCACUCCCAGGAGCAUGAGCUUGUGAACAAGUACAGUUAUGUUGUUAGCCUUUGGAAAAGGGUGUCAACGGUCACUGGAGAAUUGCGUUACGCUGAUGCAUUGAGACUACUUAACACCUUGGAGGAUGCAUCCAAAAGGUUUGUUGAUCAAGUUAAUGCGACUCUUGCCUUUCUUCAUCCAAUUAAUUGCACAAGAGAGAGGAAAAUACAUAUGGUGUUUGAUAUGACAACCAUACCAGCUUUCUUGAUUAUUCUAGGGUGCCUUUAUAUGGUAUUGAGACCAAGGCGGCCAAAACCAAAGAUUAAUUGA